GCAAAGGAUGCCCAAACAGUAACGGGUGAUGGAUAUGACGUGAUACUUGCUGUGGCUCCAAAUGAAACACGAGGAUAAAUGAACUGACAAUGCUUUAGUUUUGUUCAUUCAUGGACCAAAACCCAUCAUUGUAGCAGCAGACACAGAGACAGCAAAGUGUUUGCCUUUUGUAGUGAAAAUGGAGUCGGUGUCAAAUAGAGUAACUACUACUUUAACAUGGAGCAACUCUAUCUCUACUUCUUCACUCCAAAUUCCUCAAGUCUUUUCAGUGUAUGCUAUCUUUUGUUGCAGAUUCGUUGUACUAAGAGAUUGAGGGUGUGCUGUGCCUCUGACCAAACCCAGAAGAUGACUGUAUCAGUAACUGGAGCUACUGGAUUUAUUGGUAAAAGAUUGGUGCAAAGACUGCACGCAGAUAAACAUUCUGUUCGUGUAUUGACGCGUUCAAGAUCGAAAGCUCAGUUAAUAUUUCCGGUCAAGGAAUUUCCUGGGAUUCUGAUUGCGGAGGAGCGAGAUUGGAAAGACUGCAUUCAAGGUUCAAAUGCUGUUGUAAAUUUGGCUGGACUGCCCAUUAGUACAAGAUGGUCACCUGAGGUCAAGAAAGAGAUCAAGCAAAGCAGGAUCAAAGUGACCUCAAAGGUUGUAGAUUUAAUAAAUGGUUCACCAGAAGGAGUUCGGCCUGCUGUCCUGGUUAGCGCAACUGCUGUUGGUUACUAUGGCAGCAGUGAAACACAAGUUUUUGACGAGCGCAGUCCAUCGGGAAAUGACUACUUGGCUGAGGUAUGUAGAGAAUGGGAAGCAACAGCCCUCAAAGUAAACAAAGAUGUAAGAUUAGCUCUUAUCCGCAUUGGUGUUGUCCUUGGCAAAGAUGGUGGUGCUUUAGCUAAAAUGAUCCCUCUCUUCAUGCUGUUUGCCGGUGGACCUAUGGGCUCUGGACAGCAAUGGUUUUCCUGGAUUCACUUGGAUGAUAUUGUGAACCUAAUUUACGAAGCUUUAACAAAUCCAUCUUAUAAAGGAGUCAUUAAUGGAACUGCUCCAAAUCCUGUUCGAUUGGCUGAGAUGUGUGAACAAUUGGGAAAUGUUAUGGGCCGGCCGUCGUGGCUUCCUGUACCUGACUUUGCCCUCAAAGCAGUCCUUGGAGAAGGUGCUUCAGUGGUGCUGGAUGGUCAAAGGGUGCUUCCUACUAGAGCCAAGGAGUUAGGUUUCCAGUUUAAAUAUCCCCAAGUGAAAGAUGCUCUUAAAACCAUUCUUUCAUGAGAGCGAGACAACUCAUUUGUGGCUUUAUUUGAUGCGAGGAUCUAGCUUCUACCAACAUUAGAGGCACGUACUUGGGACUUGAGAUCUAAGAGUUUCGAUGAAUGAUGUUAUUUGCGAUGAAAACAUGGCGUUUUGCUCCUUUGGAAAGCAUUUUUUUUUCUAAUAAUAAUACGUUAAAUCAUUCUUGGCA